CUUACCGCGUUAACCCUUGGCAAACAUGGCGGCGAUGUUGCUACCGCUGAAAUGUGGCGUUCACUUUCAGAAACGAAAAUUUGCACUUCUCUUUCGCCAGAUGAGUUCAUGUCAUUUGUGGAAUAGAAGUCGCAGUAAAAACGGGAACGACCAGAAACGCCAAAGUACAUAUCAGUUGAGUUCCACUCCAUCCUUACGGACCGCUACAUGGAGUACAAACAGGAGCGAAAACAGUCGACAGAUUUUGGAGGCAGCAAAACAUUUGCAGGUGACAGACAAACGAACAUGUUGGCAUGGACAUGCGGGAGGAGGGCUAAGUGCAGAUCCAAAAAAUGUUCUGAAGGAGGUGAAUUCAGCAAAGAUCCUGUCUGCAAUGCUGUCUUAUGUAUGGCCAAGGGACAGGCCAGACCUGCGGGCCCGUGUUGGCAUCUCUUUGGGCCUGCUAGCUGGAGCCAAGAUCACCAAUGUGACGGUGCCCUUCAUGUUUAAGUAUGCAGUGGACGAGCUUAACCAGAUGUCGGGACACAUGCUGAACCUGAAUGACGCGCCAAGCACCGUGGCUACCAUGGCAACGGCUGUGCUGAUUGGCUAUGGCGUGUCACGGGCUUGUGCAGCCCUCUUCAACGAGCUGAGGAACACUGUGUUCGGCAAGGUGGCCCAGAACUCCAUACGACGCAUCGCCAAGAACGUCUUCCUCCACUUGCACAAUCUGGAUCUGAGUUUCCAUCUCAGCCGCCAGACAGGAGCGCUGUCCAAGGCCAUCGACCGCGGCACACGGGGCAUCUCCUUUGUCCUCAGUGCACUCGUUUUCAAUUUAGGACCCACAGUCUUUGAGAUGGGCCUCGUCAGUGCCAUUCUGUAUUACAAGUGUGGUGGGCAGUUUGCAGCAGUGGCCUUGGGUACUUUAUCAGCAUAUACCCUUUUCACCAUUCUUGUCACGCAGUGGAGGACUCGUUUCCGGAUAGAAAUGAACAAAGCAGACAAUGAAGCAGGCAACGCAGCUAUUGAUUCUCUUCUUAACUAUGAGACUGUUAAGUACUUCAACAAUGAGAAGUAUGAAGCUGAAAGGUAUGAUGGAUUCUUGAAGAUCUAUGAGUCAUCUUCUUUAAAAACCACGUCGACACUCGCCAUGCUCAACUUUGGCCAGAAUGCCAUCUUCAGUGUAGGCAUCACUGCCAUCAUGUUGCUGGCCAGCAAGGGCAUUGCUGCAGGUACAAUGACCGUGGGAGACCUGGUGAUGGUGAACGGCCUGCUCUUCCAGCUCUCCCUCCCUCUCAAUUUCCUGGGUACAGUGUACAGAGAGACCAGACAGGCCCUAAUAGACAUGAACAUUCUUUUUACCCUGCUCAGUGUCGACACCAAGAUCAAGGAGAGGGAUCUUGCCCCGCCAUUAGCCAUCACACCACAGGAGGCCACCAUCCGCUUCGAGGAUGUGUAUUUUGAAUACCUGGAUGGCCAGAAAAUCUUAAAUGGAGUGUCCUUUGAAGUGCCUGCUGGGAAGAAGGUGGCGAUAGUUGGCGGCAGCGGAUCAGGGAAGAGCACCAUUGUGCGGCUGCUGUUCCGCUUCUAUGAGCCCCAGCGGGGGAACAUCUACAUAGGGGGGCAGAAUAUCCGUGAUGUCAGCCUUGACAGCCUAAGGAAGGCUUUGGGGGUCGUACCUCAGGAUGCUGUUCUGUUCCACAACACCAUCUUCUACAACCUGCAGUACGGGAACUUACAUGCCACACCAGAGGAAGUGUAUCAAGUAGCACGUCUAGCAGGCAUCCAUGAUGCUAUCCUCAGGAUGCCCCAUGGCUAUGAGACCCAGGUUGGGGAGCGGGGCCUCAAGCUGUCAGGAGGGGAGAAGCAACGUGUCGCUAUCGCCCGUGCAAUACUAAAGAAUCCACCCAUCUUCCUGUAUGAUGAAGCAACAUCUUCUCUUGACUCCAUCACAGAAGAGAACAUCCUGAGUGCAAUGAAAGAAAUGGUGAAGGACAGGACAUCAGUGUUCAUUGCCCACAGGCUCACCACAACCAUAGAUGCAGACGAAAUUCUAGUUCUCAGUGAAGGUAAAGUGGCAGAGCGAGGCAGCCACCAUACCCUCCUUAGCAGUCCAGGCAGCUUGUAUGCAGACCUGUGGAACACCCAAAACCGCAAAAUCCUGAACAGCAGCAAGAGCUCGCCCGAGCCGCCAGCUGAGCGCCUGUCCCAGAAAGAGGAGGAGAGGAGAAAAUUGCAGGAGGAGAUCCUCAACAGUGUGAAGGGCUGUGGGAACUGCUCCUGUUGAGAGAAGCUGCCACCUUCAUGUCUCUUUAUCCCUCACAGAUGGCCUUCGCUGGAAUCCCUGGUCUGUGCCGUACUGGAGAGGGAGGGGGUGGUGCUUCCCCACUACCCACUCCCACUCCAGCCAAACCUCCACCCACAUGACGAUCCCUCCUCCUCCUCCUCAUGUGAGUAAAGGCCACUGUUUGCCAAAGUGAAGGAGGAGGAGCAGAACAGGGAGCAAGUGUGUUUAGCACUGGCUGGUGUCCAGAGAUGGAGCUUCCAUGCCAGUUGCUUCAGCUGAAGCCAAGCAUAAGAGACCUGGUAUAUCACAUACUUGUGUGCAAGACAUCUGUUAGUCAACAUGGUUGCCCCCUCCUCGUCAUUUUUGACAUCAGGUUUAUUGACAUCUUCCAUUGCACUGGAAACAGAUGAGAGUAUACAUAAUGACUUAUACAUGCCUUGAUUUUGACACAAAAUGUGUAGUCAUUUGAUAUUUUUAAAUUAUUUUACAAAUAAAUUACACCUCUAGCUUUCUUUUUAUAUUAUGUGCGUAGUGUACAUAUUGCAGUUUCUUCUGCAAUUAGAUGAUCACAGAUAUAAUCCAGAAUAACAAAACAUUGUUUUGCAGUACGUUUGUUUGAGUAACACUAAAAAAGCAGAGUGGAAUUUAAUCAUAAUGCAUUGUUUUCAAUGCAAAUCUAGCAGACAGGCCACAAAAUAAUAUGGAUGUUUGGAUCCUUGAAUAUGAAAUACACAUGGACUCGGUACAAAACAUCUCUGCAGUGAAUUAGCAGUAUGCCACAUUCACAUUCAUGUAAAUAUAACACUGAGAAUGACAAGAAGAAACUAAUAAAUCGUGAAAGGUUGGAGCCACAUUAAGAUCCAACAAUUUCAAAGCCUCCUUUGGGAACAUUUUGUAGUCAUAUCAUUUAGCCUUGGUUGAUGGACCUCCUCUAAAGAAGAGUUAUUCAUGGAGUUAAUAGUGGUAAGACAGCUUUUUGGAUUGUGUGAUCAGAAUAUGUUGACUUCUUCCUGAGGAUUACCCAUAGUGUGAAUGCUUAAAGGCUGACAGUAUAUGUAUGUCCUCAUUUUCUGAGGGCUCUUUUGGCUGUGAUAUACAUAUUUUUUUAGGAACAUUCAUAUGGUGGUGUAUCUAUAAACAAAUAUUAAUUGAUUGUCUUGCACUGUACAGACAAUGUAAAAGCCUGUUUCAUAGUAUUCUGGUCUGUGCUGACUGUGUGAGUGCACUGAAGAUGGAUUAAUAAAUGCUGGAUUUUGUCUAAAUAACAAAAUUGGUUUGAUUUGGGUUGAGUGAUAUAAAUUUAUUAUACCUUCAGUAUCUUUUUAAUGCUAGUUUUUGUACUGUAUAAGACCAGUGGUUCCCCAGACAUCAGUACCCAUCUAAGGGGCCCAUAAAAUAAUUAAGAUGGGUCACAAAAUAAUUGCUAAACUAGGGAAUCUGUAAUUUCUUUAAAUCUUGCUUUUUACUUGGAAUUGUUUGACAUUAUGAAAAUGCUUGUCUUUCUGAUAGGACUAAUGAUAGUACUCUUAAAUCUGU